UUGGUGUGUGUCGAAGAAACCUGACCACGACCUGGGGAGACCAGACCUGGGGAGACCAGCGAAGAGGUUCCAUCGAGCCUCGCGAAAGGUUCGCUGAGCGGGCUCGCGUCCGGAGCCACUCCGGGCUGCAGAGCACCCAGCGACGCUUUCGCCUUGAGCAGGUGUGGGACCCCGUCCUUCCUGUCUUCGCAGAGGGGUCCUCGCGUGGUGAGUAUGCGAAAUAAACGGAUUUUGAAAACCAAACGACGAAGGAGUGGAAGAGGGGGCCAGGAGCCCGGCCUCCCUCCCCACCGGAGUGAAGCUACACCUGGGAGGUCUCCUCCCAUCCCAGCCGUCACCCUGGGGCCCGACUGCCCACCUCCUCCUCCUCCUCCUCCUCCCAACCACCCGUCCUCCUCCUCCUGCUCCAAACACUGCGGCCAGAAGGGCCAGUACGCCAACCUGACAGAGUGCAAGCGGGACGACCUCUCAGAAGAGAUCAACUCCUUACGCGAGAAAGUCAUGAAGCAGUCCGAGGAGAACAACAACCUGCAGAGCCAGGUGCAGAAGCUCGCAGAGGAGAACACCUCUCUUCGUGAGCAAGUGGAGCCCACCCCUCAGGCUGAGGAGGAAGAGGAUGACAACAUCGAGCUCCGUGGUGCUGCAGCGGCUGCUGCCCCUCCCCCUCCGUGCGAGGAAGAAUGCCCAGAAGACCUCCCGGAGAAGUUUGACGGCAACCCAGACAUGCUGGCUCCUUUCAUGUCCCAGUGCCAGCUCUUCAUGGAAAAGAGCACCCGAGAUUUUUCCGUGGAUCGCGUCCGCGUCUGCUUCGUGACAAGCAUGAUGACCGGCCGUGCCGCCCGCUGGGCCUCCUUAAAGCUGGAGCAGUCCAAUUACCUGAUGCACAACUACCCAGCCUUCAUGACGGAGAUGAAGCACGUCUUCGAAGACCCUCAGAGGCGAGAGGCUGCCAAACGCAAGAUCAGACGCCUGCGCCAAGGCAUGGGGUCGGUCAUCGAUUACUGCAGUGCUUUCCAGAUGAUUGCCCAGGACCUGGAUUGGAACGAGCCUGCGCUGAUUGACCAGUUCCACGAGGGCCUCAGCGACCACAUCCAGGAGGAGCUCUCACACCUCGAAGUUGCCAAGUCGCUGCCUGCGCUGAUCGGCCAGUGCAUCCACAUCGAGAGAAGGCUGGCCCGGGCGGCUGCAGCGCGCAUGCAGCGCUCACCUCCCCGCGCGCUGAUGUUGCCGCACACUUCAGGCCACCACCAGGUAGACCCGACUGAGCCUGUGGGAGGGGCCCGCAUGCGGCUGACCCAGGAAGAGAAAGAAAGACGCAGAAAGCUGAACCUCUGCCUCUACUGCGGAACAGGAGGUCACUACGCCGACAGCUGUCCUGCCAAAGCCUCAAAGUCUUCGCGCGGGAAACUUCCCGGCCCCGCUGUAGAGGGACCUUCAGCGACCGGGCCAGAAAUAAUAAGGUCCCCACAAGAUAAUGCUUCAACUCCACACUUGCAAGUGAUGCUCCAGAUUCAUCUUCCGGGCAGACACACCCUGUUCGUCCGAGCCAUGAUCGAUUCUGGUGCUUCUGGCAACUUCAUUGAUCACGAAUACGUUGCCCAAAAUGGAAUUCCUCUAAGAGUUAAGGAUUGGCCAAUACUUGUGGAAGCAAUUGAUGGACGCCCCAUAGCAUCGGGCCCAGUUGUCCACGAAACACAUGACCUGAUAGUUGACAUGGGAGAUCACCGUGAGGUGCUGUCAUUUGACGUGACUCAGUCUCCAUUCUUUCCCGUGGUCCUCGGGGUUCGCUGGCUGAGCACACAUGAUCCCAACAUUACUUGGAGCACCCGAUCUAUCGUCUUUGAUUCUGAAUAUUGUCGUUACCACUGCCGGAUGUACACGCCUCUUCCACCAUCACCGCCACUACAACCCUCAAUUUACUACCCUGUAGAUGGAUACAGAGUUUACCAACCAGUGAGGUAUUAUUAUGUCCAGAAUGUGUACACUCCAGUAGAUGAGCAUGUCUACCCAGAUCACCGCCUGGCGGACAACAGUAUCGAGAUGAUACCUGGAGCACACAGUAUCCCUAGUGGACAUGUCUACUCACUGUCUGAACCUGAAAUGGCAGCUCUCCGAGAUUUUGUGGCAAGAAAUGUGAAAGAUGGGCUGAUUACUCCAACAAUCGCACCCAAUGGAGCCCAAGUUCUCCAGGUGAAAAGGGGGUGGAAACUGCAAGUUUCUUAUGAUUGCCGAGCUCCCAACAAUUUCACCAUCCAGAAUCAGUAUCCUCGACUCUCUAUUCCAAAUUUAGACGACCAAGCUCACCUGGCAAGGUACACUGAGUAUGUACAAGUACCUGCAUACCAAACAUACCCAACAUACCCACAUACGUUCCCGACCUACCCAGUAGGAUUCGCCUGGUACCCUGUGGGACAAGAUGGAAAUGGAAGAUCAUUAUACGUACCUGUUAUGAUCACUUGGAAUCCACACUGGUACCGCCAGCCUCCUGUACCACAGUAUCCCCCACCGCCGCCGCCACCUCCGCCGCCACCUCCGCCUUCAUCUUACAGCACACUGUAAGUACAAGAUCUCUGCCUUCAAAAUUUAUUCCUGUUCAGCUUCUCAAUCACUGACUGUGUGCUAAAUUGGACUGCUUUACCUUCAGGCCAACCUGGAGGUACAUCCUCUCUGAAAUGGCUACAGAAGGUCAGGGCCACUCUGGACUGGCACAAAUCUGAAAGCACCAAAAGACCUUCAAAAGACCAUUCACCAACAAAUUAUCUCUGUUUUCCACCUUGACUGCCAAUCUAACUAAAACACUUAAAUAAGUUUACUUUCCAGUGACUCCUGGAAGCCUGGGGGGUUUUACCUGCUAAACCUCUCUUUGUUACCAUCUGAAUUUUAGGCUGCCAGAUGCCCUGUUUAACGUUUGCAGAGAAGCUGAUGCAAACACAGGAAAUGCUGUUUUCUUUAUGGAGGAGGAGCGGAGGAGGAGGACAUGACCUUUCUUGAAGUUUCGGUACUCUCUGUACAAUACUGGAGGACCGGCGCCUUAUUAAGGAAGUCUGACUUAUUGGUGCAGUGUGAAACGGCUUCCGUGAUCCUCUUGCUGCACCCUUAGAAACUUCACCAUCUUCAAACUCCACUUUCAUGGUUCCGUUAGUUCUCAAGGAGCAGCAACUCUUGACUGGUUCUCCCAGGAGCAGGCAAAACCCUGCAACACGAAACACCUCAAGCCUGAGAAGGAAGUGCCCUCUCAGAUGGACUCUUGCAUGUUAAGAGUGUGCCUUUACAUCCCAGUGCAAAUCACAUGUACCCAAGAACUUGGGCUUUGUCACAACACCUUGCCAUCAUCAUGCCAGUAAUGGCUUCCACAACACAUUAAACCCGGACCGUUGGUAGCUUCAGGUGUGUUGGAUGGUUGUGAAAUGUUGUGACCACUUCUCAAUUGUGUGCUAAGGCUAAGAGCAGCUAAUCAAAAGGACUCCUAAACCCCAUACCCUACUCUUAAAGGAGACUCUUGAGUUAAUGCUACCAACUUGCCCUGAUGGUUCAGAAUGUUCACGAGUGUUGUUAAUUGACUGGAAAGGCAACCACCCGAAGUUCUUGGAAGUACUCUCCAUGUCUCUGCCCCCAUGUCAUCUGGGCAUGCCAUCAUCAGUUCCUCACUAGACUGUAGCAUUGGGUACUUAGAGAGGGAAAAUGAUUUUAGCACCCAGACCACACUCCUGUAUGCCUGGGAGGGAUCUCGCUGAAGAAAUUAGGGCACUGGACACUGUCUUGAGGAUAUGGACUUCCUUAGAGGGCUUCAAAUCCAGCUGGAUGACCUGACCUUUAUUCCAGGUGUCGAUGGGUAACCACCUCAAAGGAAUCAGAGUCCACCUAAUGGAAAGGGGUCCCCUCUAGAGGAGGGAGAUGUUAAGCUGUCAAUGGAUAAAAGGCCUCAGAAAGCAACUCAGUGACUCAAAGCAACAGACAACAGAGUUGUCCUCAAUCCAGGGACACCUGCUGGUGUCUUAUGGAUGCUUUGUGCUAACCUGGGACUGCGUGACUUCUUUUAACCUGGUCCCUUGCUACUACCUUGAGCUCUUUGUCUAACCUCUCUGUUUCUGUUUAGUUCUUUACUACUGCCAUUAAUGCUGCUGCAGGAUUUGUGCCAUCCUUCCUGCCCUGGUUGCUGAGACUCCAUUUUGCUGCCAUGCACAGAGAAGAAAGAGGCAGACUUCGAGGAGCAUGUGUUUUACACACACAGGCUCCAAUAGCCAAAACACAGGUUGAGCAGUAGAAAAUAACGUGGUGUAUAUUUCAAAUUCCCUAUCAUGAAGUGGAGUCUAACGGUGAAGUUUCUCUUUUCAUCAGCCUCAUCUUUCACGUAUUCAUUAUCAUCCAUCCUUACACCUGCAUGUUUAAAUACUUAGAAUCUUUAGCUGUAGGUCAGUAGUGUCCUUUAACUGUGUUUAAAAAUGGUGAUUCUGCUUUCAAAAAUUACUUCCAUUAAGUAACAAAGUAGUAUCCAACUUUAAUUGUUAGAGUUAAACUAAGUGAAAGUGAUAAGUAAUGUAGCGUAAAAUAUUUCUUUACUGUGAACUUCUCUUACAACACUGUGAAUGAAAGGCUCCUGAGAACUGGAGUAUUUGUAUAAUAGUUCAUCCUGUUCAUCUUCAAUCGUACCAUCAUAUAAUUUCUGUUUUAUUGAUUGGGCCUCUAAAAAUCACACAAAGGGAUAUAUAAUUUAAAGGAAGUGACAUAAUUGGCUACUUAUUUAAUCCAAAACAACUUUUUUUUCUUUUCUUUUUUUCUUCAAUGGAAUCAGGAAGCUUGUCAGUCACUCUUGUGUUUUAUUAAUUACUUGUAAAAUGGUGCAUUUGUGCUUCUGGACUCUUUGAAGUGAUACUUCAGUUUACCUCAGAUAUCAGUCCAUCCUCCAUACAUUUGAAAUCAAGUUGUUGUGUGUCAAAUUUACAGUUGUCAGUUGAUCUUCAAGCUGCAGAGGGCCUAGAAUUGGGUCAUUUUCUGCAGCCCUGGCAUAUGCACACGGACAUUUGCCACCACUGCAAGCAAAAAUCUGGAGACGUUGACCAACAGCAAAGUCGGUCAGGAAGAGUGUGCUGGUGUGGGUUACUGACUCACAGACAAAGGCCCUGACCCAAGUCUGGCUCUUCAGUAAAGCUUGUGAAUUAACUUCUUGGCAGUGUGUACUAUGCUUUUAUUGCUGUUUAUACUAUCUAUAAAUGUAGUUGUUAAUGAUAAGUAAUCUCAAGCUUAUUGUAAUGUGGUAUCUGAAUUUGAUUAAGUUUCCUUUCACCCAAUUGAUUUAUUUUGUUGCUGUUGAUCAAAUUAAUGUUAAUCGAAUCCUUUAAAUCUUUUUGGCAUUUACCAACAGAAUGCCUUUUCAUGAGAAAGGGAAAAGCAGAGGAAUUAAAUCUCUAACUAAAGAAGUUAGAGGGGGAGCAAAAUAACAACAUGAAGGAGAUAGAGAAAUCAAAACAUCAGAAUUGUUAAGCAAAGCCAGGAGUUGAUUAUUGGCCCAAGUUUGCAGUGUUAAUGAAUGUAAUCAAUGAACAGCUCCCAUUGUUAGGCAAGUCGGGAGAGAGCUAGCUAAGGUCAUCAUGCUAAGAUAUUGAAACAGGAAGUUUACAUACAUUUGUGAAGGGUCAAUUUAGUUUGAGCAGUGAGGUAUUUGUAUUAGAUACUGGAAAAUCAGGAGUUUGACUAAAUCAUGUGAGGUAGCACAGUGAACUUGCAGGUGCACAAAAUUGAGGGGCCCAUCUACACAGUGCAGUCUGGAUUUCUGUUUAAGUCUGCAGGUCCCUCUUGGACUCCUGAAUUGAUCUGGUUGUCACCCGCCACAGAGCUCACACAUCAGAUGUAAUUCCAAGAUUGGCAUCAGAGAACACCCUGCUGGGAAGACCAGGGUGGAAAUGAAGGAUCACUGCAAAAAGGAAGGGUGCUGAGAACCAUGCUGCGUGUUCAUCUAAAGAGAGAACACACAUCUGGUGGGACUGUAAAGUUCUUUGUUAUUGCAGAUUGUAGAGGACUAUCAAAUUGGUCUGUGGAAAACUGUUUAUUAUUUCUUCAUGUAAUCAAUUUAAGUAAUAGGGGAUAUAUAUAAUCAUAGGUAUUUUAGUGGUGGGUGGGACUAUUAAAUAAUCUUAAGUGGGUGGGGUUAGUUAGAAAGUUAGAAUGAUAUUAUGUAUUAGGUAUCUCCGUAGUAUGGACAUGUGUAUUUACUUGUGAUCCUUUACCCUGUAAUUGCCCCUUUUAAUAAAGAUUUCAAGUGAAGUGGAGGGAACUGUGGGGAAAACAACUUAUUUAGGGCUAACUGGGCAUGGAAAAACCCUAGUGGGAGAAAGUUAAAAGGUGACUGGAUAAAGAAUUUAAUAGAGGUCGCUUUGCCCUGGGUAUUAAUUCCAGGGAUUGAAGUUGUGAGCAAAACCUUUAGAGAGUCACAGGAUGGAUAGGUGCUCUUUGAAAAAUUGUUGUUGGAAUGAAAUUGAUAACGACGGAUGGUAAUUUUUCAUGGAAGUUACAGGAAAGUGAUGAAUAAGAAUCCUUGUUUUUGCCCUGUCAGUAGCCCCCCUGCUCACCCCUGUCUCUUCUCCCUAGCCCGGGUCCUCCUACCUACCCCUUUCCCACCUCCCUACCCCUACCCAUACCCCUCUUCAAACUGUGCUCAUUUAUUGCUGUACCUCUUUACUUAAUAUUCUCUCUAUUUACUAAUACUCUAUUGCUGUUAAAUGUAAUAAAAAUUCAAUUAAUAAAGCUUUAGUGAUUAAGUCAAA